GGCCGGGCCGGGGGAGGAGGAGGAGGAGGCAGCGGCAGCGAGAACCCGGAUCGCCCCGCAGCCCGCCGCCGCCGCGCAAUCCGCCGCCAUCCGCCGCGCCCCGCGCUCAUCGCCACUCCGCAACCGGCUUCCCAGGCACUCCCGGCUCCCCACCACCACCACAGGUGGGUAUCGGGGGCCGGCGGCGGCGGCGGCCGCGGAUAUUUGGGGCGGCAGAUCGGGAGCGGCGCAGAGCAAUUUCCUUACUAGAUGACAUUUCAUCGCAAUGUCCGAUCGUUUGGGGCAAAUAACCAAGGGAAAGGAUGGGAAAAGCAAGUACUCCACACUCAGCCUGUUUGAUAAGUAUAAAGGAAAGUCAAUAGAAGCUAUCAGAACUACAGUUAUUCCUAGACAUGGCUUGCAGAGUCUUGGGAAAGUUGCUGCUGCCCGGCGCAUGCCACCUCCUGCAAACUUGCCUAGCUUGAAGUCUGAGAACAAAGGAAACGACCCCAACAUCAUUAUAGUACCCAAGGACGGUACAGGAUGGGCAAACAAGCAGGAUCAGCCAGACCAAAAGAGUUCCAGUGUGACGGCUGCACAGCUGCAGGAGUCGCUGCCGCAGCAGGGUUUGCAGAAAUCUGUCUCCAAUUUACAGAAGCCGACACAGUCAAUCAGUCAGGAGAGUACAAAUUCAGUGCCAGGUGGACCAAAGUCAUGGGCACAGCUGAAUGGAAAGCCAGCAGGACAAGAAGGUGGUUCAAGGGCCUCAAGCCGACUGUUAUCCUUCUCUCCCGAGGAAUUUCCGACGCUGAAAGCAGCUGGCGAGCAGGACAAGGUUGGCAAAGAAAAGGGCGCCUUAGAUCCGUCGUAUGGGCCAGGACCAAGCCUCCGCCCCCAGAAUGUCACCAGUUGGAGGGAGGGCGGUGGGAGGAACAUAACCUCUGCCACAUCUCUGGCCGCCUCCCCUGCUGAGCUGGGCAGCAAGAGCUGCAGCGUCGGAGAUGGUGCCCCCUCCUCGGGCAGUGCCAGCGACCCGAAGGAGCCGUCCCUGCGCCCAGCCCAGCCAGCCCGCAGAGGGGCAUCGCAGUUCAUGGGCAACGUCUACCAACCCCCUACGUACCACGACAUGCUGCCUGCCUUUAUGUGUCCACAACAGCCAGCUGAGACCCCUGCACCGCUGGACCGAGGCUCUUUCCCCCUUCCUCAGCUUCGGCUUGAGCCCCGGGUACCCUUCAGGCAGUACCAGCUGAAUGAGCAGGAUGGCAAGGAGAACAGGCCGGGCCUGUCCCGCCCAGCACGCCCGGCGCGCCAGCAGGUGGAGAGAGCUCCUCGGCCCACCAUUAUCAAUGCAGAGAACCUGAAGGGGCUGGAUGAGCUGGACACUGAUGCAGAUGAUGGAUGGGCAGGCAUUCAUGAUGAAGUGGAUUACUCUGAGAAACUGAAGUUUAGUGAAGAUGAGGAAGAGGAGGAAACUCUUAAAGACGGACGACAGAAGUGGAGCAACUGGGACCCCAGGAGGCAGCGGCAGCUAUCGCUGAGUUCUGUGGACAGUGCAGAUGUCAAACACACCUUGGAGGAAGGGAAGAAUUGGAACGACUCAGCCAGCCUGGCCCGGCCCGGCCGCAAGGGGCAGGAUUCCCAGCAGCCUCCCAGGAAGCUGAAUGGCUGGAGCUCGGCCUCGGAGUACCAGAAACCUGCCCUGGGAAGUGUUCUCAGACAGCAGUCACUCGAGGACAAAGAAGAGAAGGUGCCACUGAGACAGAAGUUUGUGCACUCUGAGAUCUCCGAGGCUGUGGAGAGAGCCAGGAAGCGCCGGGAGGAGGAGGAGCGGCGAGCCAGGGAGGAGCGGCUGGCAGCUUGUGCUGCCAAGCUGAAACAACUGGAUCAGAAGUGCAAACUGGCUCAGAAGAGUGUGGAGACCCAGAAGCAGCCAGAGAGUGAGGACCCACGGCCCCCGAGCACGGAGAAGAGCGCUGGGCAGGAGAACAGCCACGCUUGCCGCAGAGCCACCCCUGAGUUCCAGGCACAGGAUGUCUCUGGUGGGUAUCUGGAAGAGGAGACUCCUGCCCCAGCAGCAGCAGCCGCCCAAAGCAGCAGUGAGGAGGAGCUCAGAGAAGCUCCCUCCGCAGCCCAGGAAUUCAACAAAUACCAGAAGUCUCUUCCCCCUCGAUUCCAGAGGCAGCAGCAGCAGCAACAGCAGCAGGAGCAGCUGUACAAGAUGCAGCACUGGCAGCAGCAGCAGGUCUACCCUCCUCCAUCCCAUUCCCACCCCCAGCGGACGUUCUACCCAGCGCACCCCCAGAUGCUGGGCUUCGACCCCCGCUGGAUGAUGAUGCCCUCCUACAUGGACCCUCGCAUGGCCCAGGGUCGCACCCCCGUGGAUUUCUACCCUUCAGCCCUUCACCCUUCAGGAAUUAUGAAGCCCAUGAUUCAGCAGGACUCCAUCGGGGGGAGCAGCUGUCGGUCUGAGGAUCAGAACUGCCAGGCAGGGCAGGCAGAAAGGAAAGCUGCUGCCAUGGAUCCUGUGCCAGUGUGGGGCCAGGAGAGCUACACAUCUCUGCAGGGCAAAGGCUACUCCCUGUCACAUCAGAAGCAGGCUGACAGCGUGACCAUGGAGGGACUGCAUGCCAGGAGUGACAGUUACGCUGCUUCCCCGGGAAGGCCUGAGGCUCUGAGCACCCAGCGAAAUCUCUUUGAGGAGAGAGGGGAGGAGUACUUGAACGCUUUUGACAAGAAGGCCCAAGCAGACUUUGACAGCUGCCUGUCUUCUCAGAGGAUAGGCCAAGAUCUCUUGUUCCAGCAUCAGGAGAGCGUGCAGGAAACCUGUCCUGGCAGCCGCCAUGCCAACUUGAGGUGUUCACCCCUCGAGCCUGACUUUAUCCAAGCUGAGAAGAAGCCUGAAUACAACGGCUGGGACAUCAGCCACCAUCAGACACCUGCAGAGACCACGGCAGAGGCUGCUGAGGAAGCGCCCAGGGAGGAGCAGACGUUCAGUGCUGACCCGUGGAAGAAGGAAGGAGCUAACGGCAAGCAGCCUGCUGAGGAGACCUCAGAAUGGGCUCCGGAGAACCGCAGCAGCAGCAGCGCUCAACAGCAGGAGCAGAUGGGGAGGACGCGGCGGUCAGGCCCGAUCAAGAAACCAGUCCUGAAAGCCCUCAAGGUGGAGGAGAAGGAGAAGGAGAUGGAGAAGGUUAAGCUGGAGGGAGAGGACACCUCACGCCCGCUGAAGGAGAAGGUGGCUGUGCAGAAAGCAGAACACGAAGCGGAGGAUUCUGCAGCCUUACUGACCUCCCCUCGCUACCUGCUGGAUGACAAAGGUUCUUCCCAAGCCAGCCUUGCCCGAGAGGCUGAGAAAUCUCAAGAGGAAGAGGAGGAGGAAGAGGAGGAAGAGAAGCCAGAAAGAAGCUGGGAGAACAAAGUCUCCAGAGAUUCUGGGGAUCUCCCUCCCACCAAACGAAACAACUGGAUUUUCAUCGACGAGGAGCAAGCCUUCGGUGGGAGAGGCCAAGGGCGAGGCCGAGGCAGAGGCUUCAGAGAGUUCACUUUCAGAGGCCGAGGCGCUGUGGUGGGCAGCAGGGGGGUCUACAACAACCAGCGCAGCGGCAACCGCGGGCGAGGGCUGCGGGAGUUCAACCAGCCCGAGGAGUUCCCCAGGGGCAAGCCUCGGCGCCGCAUCGCCAGCGAGACGCACAGCGAGGGCUCCGAGUACGAGGAGCUGCCCAAGCGGCGGCGCCAGAGGGGCUCGGAGAACAGCAACGAGGGCUCCGCGCUGGACAGGGAGGACAGCGACCUGAAAAAGGGAGACUUCAAAGAGUCCUGGAGGUCCAACAAAAUCUAUUCAGAUGAUCACAAUGGUCUGGAUCCUAAGAUGAGGGCUCCAAGAGCUUUCGGGAGGUCGCUGCCACCAAGACUGAGCAACUCUGGCUACGGGCGAAGGGGUUUCCUGGGCAAGGAGGCCGGGCAGUGGCAGGGCAGGGGCGCAGGGUGGCAGGAGUACAGCCACGCCUCUGCGCAGGACGCUUUUGGGGGCAGGCAGCAGUCUGACAGGGACUACGUCCAGGAUUCCUACAAACACGUGGAUUCCUUCUCCAGCCGGGUGUUUGAGGAGAGUCACCUGGAUGACAAGAGGCACUUCUUCCAGGAGGAUUACUCUGCAGAUCAGGAGAACAUCGAGAACAGGCCCUUCAGGAGGCGGCGGCCCCCCCGCCAGGACAAGCCGCCGCGGUUCAGGCGCCUCAGGCAAGAGAGGGAGUCUGCUGGGCAGUGGAAUGCUGAGGAAGGAGGCCCCAACCUGCUGCCCAGCCAGUGGCCUGGCAGAGCCAAGCUGCCCCCCACGGAGAAGAGCAGCAUCUCGAGCAGGCGAUCUCCGGAGCUGUCCUACCAGAACUCCUCCGACCACGCCAACGAGGAGUGGGAGACAGCAUCCGAGAGCAGCGACUUCAGCGAGCGGCGCGACAGGCGAGAUGGGGUCUUGGAGAGCGAAGGGCAGCUGGAGGGUGGCCUCGGGAGUGGCAACCUGGGAGAGAAGAGGGAGCUGGCAAAGAGGAGCUUCUCAAGCCAGCGGCCCCUCGUGGACAGGCAGAGCCGCAAGGCCGAGCCAGCAGGGUUUGCUGAGCAGGCCGUCAGGAGCGGGGUCGGAGCAGCUUCCAGAUACGAGAGCCAACAGAGUGGAACACUGAUAAAGAGCAAAAGGUCUCCAGAAGAAGGAGGAGGCCUUGGCAGCAGUGGUGGGAGCAGCCACUCCAUGUACAGCUUGGAUAGGGCCUCCCGUGCCACCUCGGAGAGCGUCGAGGGGCCGGGUAAAAAGCCAGAGAAGGAGCCCAAAGCCACUGCACAAAGAACAAGUGAGAAGGGAGAGGCCUUGUCCCAGUUUGAGCUGAGCUAUGGAAGUGCCAUCAUUGAUAAUCGGGUGCCCACCGCUGCAGAGGAGGGGGAAGUGGGUUCCAUGGCAGGCGAAGGCUUCAUUGAGGUUCUCACCAAGAAGCAGCGUCGCUUGCUGGAAGAGGAGCGGAGGAAGAAGGAGCAAGCUGCUCAGGCACCAGCCAAGGCCCGUGUCCUGCAGUCCCGCAUCCCUCCUCGCUUUGCUAAGAAGCAGAACAGCUUGUGCUUGGAGCAGAGCGAUGUCACAGUGUCUGCAAACAGCCUGGGCACGGAGAUCUGGGAGAGCAACAGCCCAGCUCUUUCUGUUCAGUCUCCUGGCAGUGAUUCCUGGAGCAAGCCUGUCAAUACCUUUAAUGGAACUGAGUCUGGCACCACUGAGGGCUUUAAAGGCAGCCAGGGGGAUAGUGGCAUUGACUUGAGCGCGGAGUCUCGGGAGUCCUCCGCGACCUCGUCUCAGCGCAGUUCUCCAUAUGGCACCCUCAAACCAGAGGAGAUGAAUGGGGCUGGCCUGGUGGACCCAAAGCCUGACUGCCAGAAGGAGCAAGUGCAGAAGCAAUCUGAUAAAAAGGAUUCAGAUCAAGGCUCAGGACAGAACAAGGAACACAAGCCUGGACCAAUCGGCAACGAACGCUCCCUGAAAAACAGAAAGGGUUCGGAGGGGACGGAACGGCUGGAAGGGAAUAUUCCCCCUGUUAACGGGGUGGAAAUUCACGUGGAUUCUGUACUUCCUGUGCCACCCAUUGAAUUUGGAGUAAAUCCUAAAGACUCUGACUUCAGCUUGCCUCCUGGUUCUGCUUCUGGCACUGCAGCUAACCCUGUCACCAAGCUGCAUGAUGCUUUGGCCAGUAAUGCAGGGUUAACGCAGUCCAUCCCCAUCCUGAGAAGAGAUCACCACCUCCAGCGGUGCAUUGGUCUCAACCCAAUGUCCUUCCCCACUGCAGACCUCACUCUUAAGAUGGAGUCUGCUCGUAAGGCUUGGGAGAACUCUCCUAGUUUACCAGAACAGAACUCCCCGGGAGGCGCGGGCUCAGGCAUCCAGCCUCCUUCCAGUGUUGGAGCUUCCAAUGGUGUCAGCUACAGCUCUUUUGGUGGAGUUUCUAUGCCUCCUAUGCCUGUGGCAUCUGUAGCACCUUCUGCAUCUAUUCCAGGUAACCAUAUCCCACCCCUCUAUCUGGAUGGCCACGUCUUUGCAAGUCAGCCCCGCCUGGUCCCGCAGACGAUACCUCAGCAGCAGAGCUACCAACAGGCUGCUGCUGCUCAGCAGAUUCCCAUUUCCCUCCACACAUCCCUACAGGCCCAAGCUCAGCUUGGGCUGAGAGGUGGUCUGCCUGUUUCCCAGUCCCAGGAGAUGUACAGCUCCAUACAGCCCUUCAGGUCUCAGGUGUAUAUGCACCCCAGUCUGUCUCAGCCCAGCACCAUGGUCCUGACAGGAGGCACUGCUCUGAAGCCUCCAUAUUCGGCCUUCCCAGGCAUGCAGCCCUUGGAGGUGGUGAAAACCCAGUCUGGGUCCCCCUACCAGCCCAUGAAUGGAAGCCAGACUCUGGUUUAUGAAGGGCAGAUAAACCAGGCAGCUGGCAUGGGAGCCUCCCAGAUGAUGGACUCUCAGCUCACCCAGCUAACAAUGCCUGUGCCUGGCUCCCAGCUUCCUCUGCCCCGCUAUGGCUCUGGCCAGCAGCCCCUGCUCCUGCCACAGUCCAUCCAGCUUCCUCAGGGGCAAAACCUGCCUGUAGGAGCUCCUCGAAGAAUCCUCCCUCCUGGAUCCCAGCCUUCUGUCCUCACUACCAGCAGAGAGUCCUCCCAGAUGGAGAUGAAAGGAUUUCACUUCUCUGAUGGCAAACAGAAUAUGUCCUCUGGAGGGGCUGUACCACCACCACACACCUACAGGCCUAGCUCUGCUAGCCCAAGCGGGAAGCCAUCUGGACCAGCAGUUAGCAUGGGCUCUGUGCAAGGACACUAUGUACAGCAGGCGAAGCAGCGUGUGGAGGACAGCAAAGCCAACCUGGGAGCGGUCAAGCUGCAAGAAGCAGCCUCCACCAACCAGAUGAAGCCGGUGCGCACAGGAGCCAUCAAACCUCAGGCAGUCAAAGUGGAGGAAAGCAAGGCCUAGGAGCGCCUCUGAUGCCCACCCAGCUGCUCCUGCUGCCUGAGAGGCCCUGCAGCCUAGACUGGACCCCACUGGAUCUCCUGCGAAGCCCUGCCCCACAUUGACUGACGACAGUGACAUCAUCCAAGCCCCUGUCCCAACACAGCAGUUUGAAACAGUGGAUAUGACAUUGACCUGCUUGCUUUAAACAAACCAACCUGACUUUUAAGUGGCUCGAGCCAUUGUUUUUAUUUGUUUUCCCCCUCCAUGCCCCACCCACAGGUAGCUGUGAUUGCUCACUUUGGCAAAGCCCAUCCUUCUCCUUCCCUCCUUCUGUCUCAGCAGAGUGGCAACCAGGGGAGAGGGAUUAGUUCGAGGUUUUUCAUUUUAAAGGCAGCUGAGGUUUUUACAAAUGAGCUAUAUCUUUGUUUAUAGCAGAACUUUUAUAUGUUCUCUCAUUUCCCCUCACCCCCCUCCCCUUCUUUCUGCUUUCCUCAUUCCUUCCAGAAAACAACUUUCCUUUCAGCUGAAAUUGUGUUCUGACAAAACUCUGCUGAGUUCUUUCUGCAUAUGGUUCUGUGCUGCGUUGAGAAUCGUGACUCUUUCUAAAUUGAGUUUGUUUGGGUGUAUAUUCCCCAGAGGAUUUAGCCUUUCAGGUUGAUUAAAAACCCAGGACAGUAACAGCAUUCGUUAAUUCUGCAGUAUUCUUUUGUUUGUUUGAAGCUAGAAGCAGUGCUUGCUUUAGAGGUAAACUCAUGCUAAAGGUAUAUGGUAGAUCAGUGCAUUAACCUUGAAACCUGCACCACUUUUAAGUGUAGCCUUGGGGGUGCCUCGUGCACAGCAGUGUGGUGGUUUUGUUCUAAGGAGGAGGGGAAAGAGCCCACCAGAUUUUUGUUAUAAGCUCAUCUGGAUCUAGGUUUGUUGGGGAUGGUUUGUUGUUUGGUUUGGGGUUUUUUUUCUUUGUGGGUUUGGGGUUUUUUUGGGCUGUUUUGUUUAAGUGACUGCCAAACACACACCAAAAUGUAAAUCCUAGAUUGAGGAAAUGUGAAACCUGUUACAAAGAACUCUCACCACGCUUGGGUCAGAAGAGUUGGCCAGAGCCAACGGGUCUGUAUGGACUACUUUUUGUAGUUGUGAUGCUCUCUAAUGUUCCUACCUUGGCUACUCUUCAUUCUUUAUGUCCCCUGCACUUGCUCUGUAUUGUUUUCACCCCUUGGGGCUGCUCUCCUAAGCUUUGCCCUUCUCCUUUUUCCUCCCAACUCUUGCUUUGUGUUCCUCUGACUCCUGUAGAGUCAGCAUAGCAAUGCUUCGGUGAGGGAGCCCCUCUGCAGGGCAGCCCUCGUAGCACACUUGGAGCUUCUCUUGUGCGGGAAGCACAGUUGCGGAGGCAGUUGGGAAUCAUCCCUCAACUCUCCUUCCCCAGGUGAACAGCAGAGAGUUCGUUUGUGAUGCAGUUGUGUGCAGUGUGCUCACCUCACUCCUCACCACCAGCUGCUGAGCUCUGAAAGGAAGGUCCCAGUGGGAGGGAGUUGGGGUUUAUUGCUUCGGUUGGUUGGGUUUGGUUUCUGUGUGUGUGUAUCUAGAGUUUUAGGAUGGACUUCCAAGUUCCUGAGCAUGCUUGGAAGUCCUUCAGCUUGGGAUAGUUUUAAGUAAACUCAGCUACUUUGAGCUAACCUGGGUUGUGUUUAGCCCUUUCAAAAGGUCAGGCAGGCUGGGCACUCUGAGGUGAGGGAAGAAACUUCCUUUCUGCAGGAGGUGGCAGCUUGCUGGCUGGCUGUGCCUCAGCUAGGUGGCAGCAAGUCAUUUGGUGGUGGUUCCAAAGAAGAUAACUGAACAAAGAAUGUAUUUGGGAAGGGAUCUGAAAGGUCUUCUUGUUUCUUUGUUUGCUUUUUGCCCACUCCCACCCCCCCUUUUCUAGGAAGGAUGCUUGGUAACUUUUCUAGGGAUGCAUUUGGAAUUUUAAGCUAGGUAUAAAGAGAUUUAUACAGUAGCUUUAAAGAGCUUAGAGGCCUGAACUAAUGUAGAGGUAGUGAUGUCCCCACCGACCAUGGCAGAGAGCCCAAAGGGCUAGGGAUGGUACUUCAAGAAAAGCUCUUUAUGUUUUUCCCCUUAUGUCUUCUGGAUUUUCAACUUCUGAGCAGAGUGUGCCAGCAUCUCUCUAGCAUCCUCCUUCAAGUACAGGGUUUGAGAUUGAGCCACAAAUAUUUCCCCAGCCUUCAGGCAUCUCCCAGCCCUGCAUCCUCAUCUGCUAGUCCUGCUCCCAGCGUUUUCCAAAGAGUGCUCCACCAGUAAGUCACCCCACCCCCUUCUCUUUUGCUCUGUGGGGCAUCAUGAAGGACAGAACUGUCUGCUUAUUUUCUUGUUUGUGUUUUGUUCCCCUUCUGCCCAGCUGGCCCUGGCUAAGACCAGAAUCUAACUAAUGGCUAAAGAGCCUUCUCAAGCUCCCCCUCUCUUCACAUCUCUUUCCUGCCCUCCACACCCUACUUAAGCUUCACAAAGACACUAACCUCCUUCCUCCCACUUAGGUGACUCUUAAAGUGGUCAAAUGUGUUGGAGAAACUGGGUACAGGCUCCUGCAGUCCCUCUGGUGUAAAUGCCAUCCGAACUACAACACUUCCUGGUGGAAAAGCCCCCCCUUUUCUCUUUGGAGCCCUCCAUCUCUCCCCCCCCAGCAGAGUACAACACUAGGGUUUAUUUAUACGUAUUUGAUGUCGUAGGUCUAGGUGACAAAGUAAUUGUUUCGCUGCUCUAUUUAUAUAUUAUGUCUGAAUUCUUCUGUGCAGGAAAGGCCAAGCAGUGCAUGUGAGCUUCAUCCCACUCCUCACCUUUCUGUGACUGUCAGCUGCAGUUGGCAAGACUCUCUCACUGAAUGGGCUUUUGUGUGGUGGAAAGCAGUUCUAGAGCCCAGAUCUCUAUAGUGCAAUAUCCUCCUUCUCUGGCAGAGAGGUUUUUGGUCUGUCUGUUUCAAGCUAGGUUAGUGCAGUUUGUAGUGCUCUGGAGUCUGCAGGAAAGCCUCUGGUCCUCUCCAGGGGCAGAAAUGCCAAGGGUGCUGGUGUGCUGAAACAAACUCAGCUUGGGGAGGAAAAGGGAGAUGUACAGGAUGAGGAUAUAGUUUAUGGAGGGAUACUUCUUCUUCCUGUCUCCACUGCUGAAGGGCUGAGCCCUAAUGAUUUAUUCCUUUGUGAGUCUCUUUUGCUUUGGCUGGAACUCAGCUACCAAAUUGCAGGCUCCUUCUGCUAGGAAAAGGUGCAGUGGGAGGGAGAGGUGGGAUCCCCAUUUUCAGCUACAGUGGGUGAAGCAGAAAUAUUCAGAGGCUGACUUUGCUGCUUUUUGUUCAGCUGGAGGUCUGAAGCAGCUGUGUAAUCGCUUCUCUUCCACACAGUGAUCCUGGCAGCUGCACUCAGUGCUGCUUCCCCUUUGCUUCAGACUGCUUUUAGCUCUUAGUUAAAAGUGAACUGAAGCUAGGGAAGAAAGGGAAAAAAGGAAGAAAAAAGGCCCUGCAGUAUGGAUGACAAGUGGAAGCAGCACAGUCACCAGUGAAACAGGUAUUGCUGUUGAUCCCCCAUCAGGCCUGGCUCUGCCCUGUGACAGCUGUACAGUGCCAGUGGCUCUGGCUGUGUUUGCAGCCCAUUGGACUCCCGUACGUGUCUGUGUCCAUGCAGAGGCACUCCACUGCCCACUUCCCUUGCGACAGUGCUGUGAAGCUGCCAGCUGCCCUGUGCUUCCUGUGUGUUCCUGCAUAGAUCUUCCACCAGGGGCUGCAUUUUGGCUCCUUUUGGCAGGCUGCUCUCUUUCAAGCCAGCACUGCUGCGCACCAGGGCCUGUUCUGUUAACUUUCUGGUCUGCUUCUAGCUGCUUAAGCACAGGUUAAUGCCUUCUGGCGUGGGGCAUCUCUGAGGUGCAGCUGCCCAGUUUCCUUGGGAAGAACAAUUACCAACAGGUAUCAGGACCCUCAGCUGUGGCCCAUCAUGAAACAAGGCACCUUUUGCCGAAGCAGCAGAACUGCUGACCCAGGAGACAGCAGCAGCCUGACUCCUUUUGGUGUUCUGUUUCAGCCCAGAGCCUGCCAGAUGUUCCUAGCUGCCACCAGCACCCCUGCGUGGGGGGGACAUUGAAUGGCUCAUCCUGGCUCCUCAAGCUGACCAUUCCCUGCCCUGGGAAUCACAGCAGCAGCAGCAGUGAGGCUCUUACCCUUCCCUCCGCAUGUCUGGAGGUGUCCUUGGCUGGAACCCUCCCUCUGGCUCUGUACAAGCCGCGUUGGUUGUUUCUCAAGGGGAUAUUGUGCUCCUUAAAGCUUUGAACCUCAUCACCUGGAUAGGCUUGGGUUGGCUUGGCUUGGGUUGGGGUUGGUUUGGGUUCUUCCCCUCUUUUUCUUUUGGCCUUUCCUCUCUUUCGUCUUUCCAUGUAGACCAGAUAUUUGAAAGGGCAGACGAUGGCUCAUUGUGCAAAGGUGCAACUCCUUUUAUCCCUUUUGGGAUGCUUCUAACUUGGACCAGAACUCAAAUCGCAGCAUCACCAGGCCAGUUGAGGCACACUCCUUAUUGCCCUGGUUUUUUGGUUUGGUUUGGUUUGGGUUUUCCCCUCCUCUCCCCCUGCCCCUUCCUCGUUUCAGUACCUAUUGUUUCUCCUUUCAAAUAUGUGAUUGUAUUAGCUCUUUCCAUAUGAAAGAAUUCUCCUUAUUUAAAUAAUAAAACAAAAACCAACAAAAAAAA